UGGCAGCGCCCCUAAAAAUAAAACAGUUGAUGAAACUUGGGCAUCAAAGUCACUGAUUUCUCUUUAAUUCCAUUACAUAUGUCCACGAUAUUUUUCAUAAUGAUUCUUGUUGUAUUUUCGACUUUAUUUAACAUCGUAGUUAGGUGGUGUGUUUCUUUGAAUCCUUACUCUGGCUACAAUGUUCCUCCCCUGCAUGGCGAUUAUGAGGCUCAAAGACAUUGGAUGGAAGUGACCUACAACUUGCCCGUCACAGAAUGGUAUGUCAACACAAGUAGAAACGAUCUUCAGUACUGGGGUCUUGAUUACCCCCCACUCACGGCAUACCACAGUUGGUUGUGUGGUGCUUUAGCGAAUAAGAUUAAUCCUUUGUGGGUGGAAUUAUUCACAUCAAGAGGACAUGAAAGUCCAGAACACAAGAUAUUCAUGAGAGGCACAGUUCUCUGUGCCGAGUUGAUCUACAUUCCUGCUGUGUUCGCCUACUUUUUGUAUGCUUCGUACACACAAGGGAAGGAGCAAAAGGUGCUUGCAGCAACGUGUUCCUUACUUUACCCUGGUCUCAUUCUUAUAGAUCAUGGACACUUCCAAUACAAUAACGUUAGCCUUGGUUUUGCCCUGUGGGCAAUCCUCCUUCUGGGGAAGGGCUGGGAUGUCCUUGGUUCUGUUUUCUUUUGCCUGUCACUGAACUACAAACAGAUGGAGCUCUACCAUGCCUUGCCAUUCUUUUGUUAUCUAUUUGGUGCAUGUGUGAAACUGCCAAUCGGAAAAUGCAUUUUGAAGUUCCUGUGCCUUAGUAUGACGGUGCUUGUCACAUUCCCUCUGUGCUGGUUUCCAUUCCUGUGGAACAAGGAUGUCCUCUUCCAAGUCAUUCAUAGAAUAUUUCCAUUUGCCAGAGGUGUGUUUGAGGACAAAGUCUCCAACUUUUGGUGUAGCAUCACGGUGGUGAUACGGCUCAAGGAGAUAUUUGUGGACAAUGUACCACAGCUGGCCGCCAUAACCCUUGGAACAACAUUACUAGCACUUGUUCCAUCAUCGUUGCACUUGGUCAUCAAGACUUCAUUUCAUAAUUUCAAACUAGCAUUGCUUAACAGUGCCCUGGUGUUCUUCCUGUUCUCAUUUCAAGUCCAUGAAAAGUCAAUUUUACUGGCUGCACUGCCUGCCUGUCUGCUCCUUGAAGUAGAACCAUUUGUAUGUCUAUGGUUUCUGCUGUCCACAACAUUCAGCAUGUUUCCACUGUUCCACAAAGAAGCUCUAGUGCUACCCUGCUUCGUGACUCAAGCACUGUUUCUAUUAGUUGUCUGCACAGUGUACCGAGGAGAGAUUCCUGGGAAGCUCACAGGAAAACUAAGAGUCCCUAUUCUACUUGUGUUUAUUAUCUCCAUGACAGGCUUCAUUGCCCUCUGUCUGUGCAGCGUCUUCAGAGAGCCUCCACAACGUUACCCAGACCUAUGGCCUCGACUAGUCUCCCUUUAUUCCUUUGGACAUUUUGCUCUGUUUACAAUGUACUUUCAUUACCAACAACUGUGGAAUUCCGAAGAUCGUUUACCAAAACAUCGACCCCCUCCUCCAGAGAGAAAAUCAAGAAAAGCCAAGGCAAAGAAAGAACUGUAGGCACAAUAAGGCAUUUACGGAGAAGGUUCACAUAUGGAUAAAGAAGGUUCACAUAAUGAAUUGGCAUGAUGAAUGAAAUGUAUUUUGUGAAAUUGAGCAAUUUGGCACUGAUAAAUGAAAUAUAUUUUGUGAAAAUGAGCUAUUUUCAUGAGAAAAUAAAACUUUUUA